UCAUACUAAUUGCAUUUCUUUUGGACGGGGGGCGUUAACUUGCGAAUUAAUGAAUUAAACUAACUAAAACACCGACUAAAGGCUUUUGAAAUGGACUCCACUGCCACUCGCACGCUGCCCUUUGUGUACAAGUACAAAAAUCAUGAAGGCCAAGACUGCGAAUCCCGGCUGGACAUCACUUUUCCCUUUGACCAGGAGAAUCUGGAGGAGUGUGUGACCCAGCUGAUGGCGCCCACCCAGAUGGACCCCAUGAUGCGAUACCUAGACGAGAAUAUUAACCUGGAAACGGAGUUGCAGAAAUUCGUGGACACGGAGCAGCAAAACUUCCUGGACGACCAUGCCGAAAAGCUUCUCAAUCAGGCGGCCAACGAGGAGCUGGACAUCGAGGCCAUUGUACGGGACACAGAGCGGCUGUACAAGGAGGAACUGCUGCAGUUUGCCGAUCGUGUGGGUCCCAGCGAUGCGGAUAUAUUCGCCCAGAGCUUCCAUCGCCUGGUGCACUCCUCGUCCCUGGAGGACAUACUUAAGCGAGAGCGAGCCUAUGCCAAGGUGGUGUCCGACAUGACCGAGCACAUGGACAGCGAGGUGGAGACUCUGAACAACUCCCAGCAGCAGGAGAUGGAUAGCCAGAUAAACCAGUUGGACAUCACCACCACCUCGGAGGAUAUCAACAAUCUGCUGGCCCAGCAGUACACCACGCAGAAUUAUGUGCGGAAGCGAUACGAAUCCGAGCUGGAGGCAAUGAUAGGUCAUCAGAAGAACGAGUACCGGGAUUGGAUCACCAGUCAAGUCAGUCAGAUGUUUCAAGUGUCGCCGGUGGCCACGCCGCUGGGCAACCGCUCCUCGAUGUUCGUCUCGCAACAGCCAUCAAUGGAGGAGAGUUUCACCAUUCACCUGGGCUCCCAGCUGAAGCACAUGCACAACAUACGCAUUCUAAGUGCCAAUGUCACGGAGCUCUGUAGUCCGCUGCACGCCGAGGAGAGUCUCAAUGGCCUUAACAUGGCUCUGGGAUUGUACUCCAGUUCACUCUGCGGCGUCGUCGUGCUGACUCCUUCGAUUCAGGCCCAGGCCAACAAGAAUAUCAUUAAGAAUGCCAACAAGUCCACCGAGUUCCACUUUGAGCAAAUCGACGUUCAGCUGGAGAAGAUCGAGAAGCAGAUUAAGAAUCUGAGCACUGAAGACUCGAGUGGCAGUAGUACUAGCAACAGCAGUGCCGAGGGCAGCGCCACAACCUCUCCGACCAAGAAGAGCGUGCCCAGACUGAAAACAGGCGACUUCUUCAUCACAAAACACUCGAAUCUCUCGCAAACGCACGUAAUUUUCCACCUGAUUUCGGACGAGCCCAUCAACAGUCCCAGUGAGAUCAACUCGCGACAUCCGGUGAUCUUGGGUUUGCGCAACAUCCUGAAGACAGCUAGCAGACACGACAUAACCACGCUGACCAUUCCGGCUCUGCUGCGCCACGAGAUGAGCGAGGACAUGACUGUCCAGUGGUGCAUCAGAAGAGCGGAGCUGGUGUUUAAGUGCGCCAAGGGUUUUAUGAUAGAAUCUGCAUCGUGGGGCGGAGCUGAGUUAAGCACCCUGCAAUUGCUACUGCCUGAUGACAUAUCGGAAAGUUUGUUCACCACUCUGGCGGGAAUGGUUCCCAGCGUUUUUCACGUGGCCAAUCCGAAAAUACUUGUGGACACCAGCAAGUAGACUGCGAACACAUUCCUCAACCGAAACUUUGAAAAAGACUUUAAAUUAUUUGUAUGAAUAUACAGUUUUAUUCAGAUUCAGAGUUAUAUAUGUAUGUAUAUGCUUCGUUAUUCGUCGCUUCGCUCAAAAAGUUGUUUUAACUUCAACACACUCAGAAUUUUCUGUAAAUGUUCCUGUAUCAAUUUUUGUCAAUAAUUCAUCGCAACCUUUUCAAAACUACAACACUACAAUGUAUAAGUACAUAUUCUCAUAUAUAUAGUUAUAUGUUAGGCAUAGGUAUCAUGUGUAUAUUACUUCCAAAUGUAAAUGUUUAUCUUUGGUUUCGAACCCCCACGCAUUUCGUUAUGUGUUAUGUGUGUAUCUCUGUGGAUUGUAUUUUAGUCUGUUCGGUUAUCUAUUACGAUUAUAAUGAUACUUUGAAUAACUCUGAUCAUUAACUUGUAAAUAUGCUUUUGAAAUAUAUAUUUAUGUAUAUCUAAACAAUUGUAUUCUGCGGUAUGUUAUAGGUUUGUUAACAAUAAUUAGGUUUCUUUAUGUUCAUUAACAUUUCGCUGUUUAACUAUGUUUCGAUUUUCUUUUUUUUGGAUUUAGCCCAGUGCGUUGUUUGUUGUGUCUGUGAUUUGCUGCUUUGCAGUGGGAGUAGAGUUUCAGAAAAUAUUUAAUUAAUGCUUCAGUUGUGUAUUUGAUUGGUUUGUCCGGCUUAAGGGUUACAUAAAAUUAGUGACAAGUGUUAAGGUACAGGAACGGACCGCUUUGAGUUUUAGGUGCGAGCAAUAUAAUACACAUAUAUCGUAUCUCUGGGAUCUUUGUUGUGCCAUUGAAAGCAACUUGUGGGAAGGGAUAAUCGGUUUUUUGGUCUUGCGGGGAACUGGAUUAAAAGAAUUGACAUAAACGGCGUAAUUAAUUGGUAAAGUAGCUCGUAUAAAUAAAUUACUUUUCUAUAGCCGAUUGCCAAUAAAUGCGCAAAGGAGUAGUAUGGCCUUCAGAGCAUGUUCCCUUCUCUUGGGGACGCAUGUUCCAGUAGAAAUUAUAUAUUAUAGUUAAAUUAUAAGCCGAUGCUCUGUCUUACGCAAGGUGAUUUAAUAAAUACUUUAAAAUUAAUUCUGAGAACAGUGCUGUGGUCUGAGCUCUCUUAAGUAUACAUUCGUGUCGUGAUCUAUUUAAAUUUCGUUAGUUUUUGCUACAUUGAAGAAGAAUGUGCUACACUUCGCAUGCCAAAAAUGUAAUGAAGUAUUCUAUAUAUGGGGUUUUAGCUUAAUACCUGGCGCAUGCCUUAAACUACUUCGUAUGGGUAGUAUGCCUAAAUAUAUUUAGUUAAAUCAGAACAUAUUAAAAAGUUUACUAAAAUUGAAACUAUCACAAAAAACAAAUACUUUAUCAAAAGUACUAAGGUAUAUAAACUCAAAUAAGUUACGAUUUAAGGGUUGAGUAUGCAAGUGGAUGUUUUGGUGCCAAAAGG